GUCGCCGCCCUUUUGAAAGGGUGAGAAAGGCACGCUAUUCUGAUUGGAUAAGUGUACAGUAUCUGGAAGCAAGUGAGCUGCUUGCCGCAUCAAACUGGCCAAGGCCAAGCAUAAGCUUUGGUGUGCUGCAAAAGGUGGAAACCAGGAUUUCACUUACCAAGAAGAGACGCUACUGCAAGACCGCUGAUUUCAGACCCUUGCUUUUCUCAAGUCCCUUGAGAAUGGAUGAGCGCAAAAUGCACAGUACAAAGGCAGCAAGUGCCCACCAUGGCACUGUGGGAGAACUAACGCGAGGAUGGCAGAGCUGGUCAGAAGAUCAUGUUGAUUAUCAGAGACGGAACCCCUUCAGUAGCGAGAAGCCACUGACCUCACAUACUAGGAGAGAAGAUCCGACUUAUGGCAGGCCUCCUGAAGGCUCCAAAACUGAACAGAGAGGAAAAGAUGCUCACUCACACAUAGGCAGAGAAGUAGAAGAAUUAUGCUUGGUGAUACGUAGUGUUGGAAAGAGGGGACAAGAUGGAUAUGUGAGAAUAACAUUUAAACAGCUCUUUGACAGAUAUGUGACUAUAUCCAAUAAAGUAGUGGGUGUCCUGCUAAGAGCAAGGAAGCACGGCCUAGUUGAUUUCGAAGGAGAAAUGCUUUGGCAAGGAAAAGAUGAUGGUGUUGUUAUCACCUUACUUGAAUAAAUGUUACUGCAUGGUACAUUUAGGAACAUUUCAAAAGCUUAAACAUGAACCAGUUUGGCUGACCAGGACCGUAUAUGAAAAAUGGUAGGAGAUGGGAACAUGCUGAACAGACAUGAAAUACUGAUAGUUAAUUUAUGCCGCAGCCCAAGCAUAUUCUAGGGCCUCUUCUAGCCUAUUUUCUAUAGGUUGCAAGCAAUAAGGGCUCAUUACAAGACUGCCACAUGCUAUUCUUAGACUAAACGGCGUACUGAGCUGAAAAUACAUAUGGUGGAAAGGCAAUGGAGGUGUUUCAGUUGACUCAUCAUGCUUGAACUAUAAAUGCCAAUUAAUAAUGAAUUGAUGUGAACAUAUCUUCACACUUUUAGAGGCUGAGAGUUCUUGUAGCACUGAUGUGAAUAAAGGAUGAUUAAGAAGUGCAUUACCUGUGAAAUCAAUGACACUCUCACUAUAACGUAAGGUUCUUUCCACUAA